AUGUUUCAACUCCCACGAUUUACUUCGAUUCUGAAGCAAUUGAUUAGACAAUUCACCAAAUAUCCACCCACAAUGGUUUUAAGUAAACACAUUGACGCUUACGAUUUAGAAUAUGAGCUUUUAAAAGAUUCACGCAAGGUUAAAUUGAGUCCUGAUGAAUUCAAUGAUGAAUAUAACUCAUCCAAAUUGACUCCAAGAUACGUUAUUCCUAAAGAAUCAGCCAAUGAAGCGGAUAUUUACAAGUAUAUGAAUCAAAAUUUGGCAUUGGAUGGUAUCCCAACCUUGAAUUUGGCUUCAUUUGUCAACACUUAUGUUGAUGAGCAUCAAAAGAAAUUGGCAGUGGAGAACUUAACCAAGAACUUGGCUGAUAAUGAUGAGUAUCCUUCAUUAAUUGAUAUUCAAAAUAGAUGUGUUACCAUGUUGAGUAACUUGUGGCAUGCUCCUCACAAAAUUGACCCAAACACUGGUGCCAAGAUUGUCAAUUCCUUGGGAACUGCAACUACCGGAUCAUCGGAAGCUAUUAUGUUGGCAGGUUUGGCUUUAAAGAAGAGAUGGCAAGAAAAAAGGAAAGCCGAAGGUAAAUCCACUGAAAAUCCAAACAUUUUGAUGGCUACUUGUGCUCAAGUUGCUUUGGAGAAAUUUGCUGUUUAUUUUGAUGUUGAAAAUAGAUUGAUUCCAAUUAAUCCAGAAUCGGGUCAUUUAAUCGAUACCACCAAGAUAAAAGAAAACAUUGAUGAAAAUACAAUUGGUAUUUUCGUGAUUAUGGGGUCUACGUUUACUGGUGCUUUUGAACCAGUUGAAGAAAUUUCCAAGCUUUUGGAUGAAGUUGAAAAGGAAAAAGGAUUGGAUAUUAGAAUCCAUGUUGAUGGUGCUUCUGGUGGAUUUGUUGCCCCUUUUGCUUUCCCACAUUUGAAAUGGGAUUUUGCUGUUGACCGUGUUGAUUCAAUAAACACUUCAGGACAUAAGUUUGGUAUGACUUCUGUUGGAUUGGGUUGGGUUAUUUGGAAAGAUGAAAGUUUAUUGCCAAAGAAUUUACGUUUUAGUCUUGAUUAUUUGGGUGGUGUUGAAGAAACUUUUGGUUUGAAUUUCUCAAGACCUGGGUUUCCAGUGAUUUUACAAUACUACAACUUCCUUACUUUUGGUAAAGAAGGGUAUACCAAGAUCUUUGAUGGUUGCUUAUCCAAUGCUCGUUUGCUUUCCAAUUAUUUGGACAAGAGUACUUAUUUUGAUGUCGUAUCGGUCAUUCACAAACCAGCUAGUGCUGAAGACCAAAAGAGGUUACUCACCAGACAAGUCAAAUAUUUGCCAUCUCCAACUGUUAACGAGAAUUUCCAACCAGGUUUACCAGUUGUUGCUUUUAGAUUCUCCAAAGAAGUAAGAGACAAGUAUCCUGAAAUUCCUCAAGAGUUGUUUUCCACCUUGUUGCGUAAACGUGGAUUUAUUGUCCCCAACUAUCAUUUACCACCAGACGAAACCAAUGUUGAGAUUUUACGUGUUGUUGUACGUAAUUCUCUUGGUUUGGCUCUUUUGGAAAAAUUGAUUGAAGAUUGUACUGAAAUUGCUGAAUUAUUGAUUAAGUCGGCUGAAUCAGUUAGAGAGAUCUUGACAAAUAAGGAACAAGCCUCGAAACAUAAUACUUCAACUAUUCAUGAUUUGUUGUUGAGUAUUGCUUCUGGUGGUCUUCAGCCACUUAGACAAAAGCAACAUGAGAGGGAUGGUCAUAAAGCUGGUGUUGCCAAGAAGUCAUACCGUGGAACUUGUUAA